AUGCUGACUGCUUCUACAAACAUUUGUGAAAGACUGUGCAGUAAGUCCACCCAUGAAAUUUCCUUGCUACUAAAUAUUCCACAGUCAACUGUUAGUGCUAUUAUAACAAAGUGGAACCAACUGGGAACAACAGCAACUCAGCCACGAAGUUGUAGGCCACGUAAAAUGACAGAAUGGGGUCAGCGCAUGCUGAAACGCACAGUGCACAGAAGUCGCCAACUGUCUGCAGAGUCAAUAGCUAAAAACCUCCAAACUUUGUGUGGUCUUCUCAUCUGAUAUUAGUGCUU